GAGCAGCGGAGGCUCCACUCAGGUAGUACAGAGGCAGAUCCGACCGCUUGAUACGAGCAACGGAGGGGCUGGUUAGCUCGCCCUCCUCGGCUUUUGAACCGGGUCUCCGCCUGCCAAAACGUCGGACUGCCGGAGAAAACAUGGUGGCUAAAUCCAGAAAACAGUCCGGGAAGACACCGGCACCCCCGACUGAUCGAGACAAGCUCCUGUUUGUUUCGCCCCCUGGUAAAAGUAAUGCUAGACGAACAGGCAGGGAUGGGAAAGGUUUCAAUGGCUUUCUCCCAAAUGGGCUUUCGGGCAUCAGGAGCAAGCUUGGGCUCACUCCCUCUGCAUUCGUGAAACUGGGAAUUACUCUUCUCCUCGCUGCUCUGACUGGGUAUCUCCACUGGUAUCAUCUCACACUUCUCUUUGAGAAUGACAGACACUUUUCUCACUUGUCUAACUUGGAGAAAGAAAUGGCUUUUCGGACCGAAAUGGGUCUGUACUACUCCUACUACAAGACCAUCAUUGAGGCUCCUUCCUUCCUGAAUGGCCUCUACAUGGUCAUGAACGAUCGGCUGACAGAGUACCCGCUGGUUAUUAACACGCUGAAGAGAUUCAAUCUCUACCCAGAGGUGGUCCUGGCCAGUUGGUACCGGACGUACACAGCUACAAUGGACUACUUUGAGAUUCCCACCAAGAUGUGCUGGUCCAUCAACAGAGGAGAGGGGCUCGCCCCUGUGGAUAGCUGUGAAGGUUUGGGUGACCCGGCAUAUUUCUACGUGACUUUUGUGUUCCUGCUGAAUGGCCUGAUGAUGAGCCUGUUCUUCGCUUACGGCACGUACCUCAGCGGCAGUCGGCUGGGCGGCUUGGUUACAACUCUGUGUUUUUUCUUCAAUCACGGUGAGAGCACUCGUGUGAUGUGGACCCCGCCCCUGAGGGAGAGCUUUGCCUACCCCUUCCUCGUCCUGCAGAUGCUGCUACUCACUUACAUCCUACGGACACGGAGCCCGAGCAGGAUGGCCAUGGUUGCCCUGGGCAUCUCCAAUUUGUGCUUUAUGCUGCCUUGGCAGUUCGCCCAGUUUGUGCUGCUCACUCAGGUGGCGUCUCUGUUUGCCUCGUACAUCCUGGGGUACCUCGGCGCUGCCAAGAUGCAGUCCAUCCUUGUCACUCACAUGAUCACACUCGGCGUCUGCUUCAUCCUGAUGUUUGGAAACUCCAUGCUGCUCACUUCUUUCUACGCUUCCUCCCUGGUCUCCAUCUGGGCGAUCAUCGCGCUCAGGGAUCGAUUUGCUGAAGUCUUCAAACCCGGCAUCAUUACAUGGGCCAUGCAGGGUCUGGCUUGGGUUGCCUCCACAGUUCUUCUCAAAUUCUUGUUGUCCACCGUCCUCGGUGCUUCUGAUGACGCUCACAUCAGUGGCCUGAUCAAGUCUAAGUUCACCAGCUACAAGGAUUUCCACACCCUGAUGUACACAUGUGCUGCUGAAUUUGACUUUAUGGAGUUUGAGACACCAGUGCGUUAUCUUAAAACACUGCUGCUCCCCAUCAACGUGCUGGUGGUUGUUCUCAUCGCUGGACGGACUGUUCAGGAUAUAGUUCGGUUCCUGAGAGACGGAGGAAAGGCAUCUGUCAAGGCUGAGGACGAUGAUGAAGCUGAAGGGCCUGAAAUGGCAGCGAAAGGAGAGCUGGUGUACCACAGUCUCCAGCUGGUGGCGUUCGCUGUCCUGGCCAUCCUCAUCAUGCGCCUGAAGCUCUUCCUCACGCCCCACAUGUGCAUCAUGGCCUCCCUGAUCUGCUCCAGACAGCUGUUUGGCUGGAUAGGAGAGAAGUUUAAGCUCCAGAUGUGGGUGUUUGCCAUCAUGGCCAUCAUGGCUGUACAGGGCGUAGCCAACCUGCAGGCCCAGUGGGGGAUCAUGGGAGAGUUCAGCAACGUGCCCCAGGAGGAGCUGCUGGGCUGGAUCCAGGACAACACCCAUCCCAACGCGGUGUUUGCUGGAGCGAUGCCCACCAUGGCCAGUGUGAAGCUGUCCACAGGCCGAGCCAUUGUCAACCACCCACACUAUGAAGACGCAGGUCUGAGGGAGAGAACCAAGCUGGUGUACUCCAUGUACAGCCGCAUGUCUGGAGAAACGGUGAAGAGGAACCUGAUGAAGCUGGGAGUGGACUUCUUCGUCCUGGAGGACUCGUGGUGCACCAGGCGAACCAGGCCGGGAUGCAGCAUGCCAGAGAUCUGGGAUGUGGAGGACCCCCAAAACGCCGGCAAAGCCCCUCUCUGCUCCCACAUGUCCAGGAACUCUCGGCCCCACUUCACCACAGUUUUUUCCAACAACGUUUACAAAGUCCUCAAAGUCCCCAAAGUUGCCAAAGAUCUCAGAUAACAGCCGGGGUCAGACUGGUUUAGCAGCACCCUCUAGCUGUUUCUGUUAUUUGUGUUUUUUUUUUUUUUUUUUUUUUUUUUUUUUUUUUAAGGAUUACUUUGUUUUUUUGGUCAAUCUCUCUGUUGGAGAAGCUACUGCCAUUGCUGCUUUUUACUCCCCAAAACUCCAAGCCACUACAGCUCCCCAUUUUUGCGGUGCUCUGAUUCACUGAGCAGUGGGCUAAUAAUCAAUCAGAAGCUCAAUAGUUUCUCAUGAAUCUCCAACGUAGGACUCAUGGCACCCUCAAGGUUCAUGGUUGUGUUUUUGACUUUAGAAAACCCCCAAAUCCCCCCCGGUUUGCCAGUGAUGUUGUUCCACGUUCAUGUUCUGAUUCCUGAGUGGCACUGAAGUCCGUACGGCGGCGGCGUCCUGCAUUCAGUUCCUUGCCUCGGUUCUGUCACAUGGAAUCCUUAUUUUUAGGAAAUGUUUGGUUUUGAUAACGCAGCUGUCAUGAUAAAGUUCACAUAUCAGUAUGUUUUUUUUUUUGUUUGUUUGUUUGCUUUUUUUUUUUUGUUACUUUGGAGAAUUAAUUUUCUUUGGCUUUUGCUUUAGGAGUCACUUCUGUCUGUCAGGACCAAUCGAAGAUGUCCACGUACUGUGAAGCAAUACCCUUUGCAAACUUGACAGCUGCUGUAUUCAUUCUGUUGUUAUGCACAGUGUUGAUCUUAAAACGAUUUUGAAUAGUACUAUGUAUUUUUUUUUUAAAUAAUUUAUUUGUAUUAGCAUUUUUAUGCAAACUUGUAUUGAAUGGUAUCAGAUUUUUAUUUCCGCAGAAAACAGUGUUUCAAAGUCUUUUGGAUUUCAAAGGCAAGUUACGUUUUGAACCUUUUCAAAACCUUUCAAUACAUAUCAUUUAGCGUUGCGGUCCAGUUGAAAUUCCUUCAACUAAAAAUUUGAGUUUUAAUGGAAAUUCAUAUAAUAACAGGGCUGUCAUUCUUAAUUUAAGUAUAAAAAAGAGCUGCUUUGGUGACAAAGGAUUGACUGUUUUUUGAGUUUUAGAUUAAUUCACUUUCCUGUUAAAGGUGAAUUGUCCCCGAGCUGCCCUGUUACAGUUGCCCAUUAUCAGCAGUUUUGUGGGAACCCAAACAAUCUGUUUCAAGUCUACCAAUGUUUGGCCUUUAAAUGCUCUCUUUGGUCUUUAAGUUAUUAUUUAUUGCCAAAGCAAGUCUAUAAAUAAAGCUGCGCUUUUCAGGG